AUGUUCAUGUCACUACCCGCCUACGCGGAAGCUCCUCCACGCAGACGCUACUCGAGUACUAGUAGUGCAUCUGCUGACCCUGAUGAGGACUGGACCAAGAUCUCUGACACUGCUGAGCGCCGACGGAUACAGAACCGCAUUGCUCAGCGCAACUACCGCAAGAAGCUCAAGCAACGCCUCGAGGACCUCGAGCGCCGUGCUAGCUCUUCUGAACCUGCCGGGUCCGAUAAGCAGGCCCAGGAGACCACCAAGUCGAAGCGAUCCUUCAAGUCCCAAAAGUCGCAGCCCGUUACCUCCGCUAAGUCAGUCGUCUCCCAGAGCCAGUUUAUUCCUCUCGGGGAGCCAACUGAUGAUCUCUUGUUCCCUGGCACCCACGACGACCGGGCUCGCUCCAACAGCUUUUCCCAGUUCACCUACUCGACUUAUCCGACUCCUGAUGAGAUGUUCGUCGCUCCCUACGAUUCCCCUGAGACAUCCUUGGCCAUGGCUACUACUGAUGCCUACCCCAGCUACCUGAAUACUUCCGCCGUGCCCAUGAUGCUUUCCCCAAUGACGCAUUUUAGCGAUACCACCAAGCGGGAAUCAUGUCUCAGCGACGACGAGCUGACCCCUUAUGCGACUUAUGGCUACAUGCCGCCCAUGGACUUCAACGCUCCAAGCCCCUACGACCAGUCUAACCCUCAUACUCCUCCGCUCUUGCGAUUUUGGGACAACUCAGCCAACUGCUCAGAGGCCGAAUAG